UGUUGGUUGUGUUGUUUUCAGCUCUAUGGCUAUUGCUACCAAGACAGCAAUGACAUCCCAGACACACUGACCACCAUCACUGAACUGGGCUCGCCUUUGGAGAUGAUUCAGCUUUUACAGACUUCCUGGGAAGACAGAUUUCGGAUCUGUCUCAGCUUAGUUCGACUUCUGCAUUACUUGGCUCACUCUCCUCUUGGCUCAGUGACAUUACUGGAUUUUCGCCCUCGGCAGUUUGUGAUCGUGGAUGGGGAGCUGAAGGUGACAGAUCUGGAUGAUGCCAGUGUUGAGGAGAGCUCUUGCACCAGUAACAGUGACUGCUUCAUGGAAUUCCCUGCGAGAAACUUUACCCUGCCCUGCUCGGUUGAGGGACGGUGUCAAAGCAUGAAUGAAAAGAGGAAUCUCUACAAUGCCUACAGGUUUUUUUUUACCUAUCUUCUUCCACACAGUGCUCCAUCCUCACUGAGACCAUUGCUGGAUAAGAUAGUCAAUGCAACAGGAGAACUGCACUGGGGAAUAGAUGAGACAGCUGCUCAGCUGGAGAGAGUUUUGGAUCUGUAUAAGAGUGGGGAGUACCUGCAGAACACAACCCGGGUGCCAAAAGCUGAGUACAGACGGGUGCCUGAAGCCUAUAUUCCUGAUGAGAACUACAGAUGCUGGCCAUCCUACCACCACAAGGGCUGCCUCCUCUCCGUGUUUGAUGUCAACGAAGCCAUUGAGAUCUGUGACAGCUACUCCCAGUGUAAAGCUUUCGUCCUGACUAACCAGACAACUUGGACAGGUCGGCAGCUUGUCUUCUUCAAGAUGGCCUCAAAUCAUAUUGUGCCUGAUCCUGACAAGAUAACAUAUGUGAAGGUGACAGACUGACACCUAAAGUGGCUCAGUCUGACACGUGAGUGAAAAGGGCUGUUUGUGUAUAAAUAUAGGCAGCUGUUAGGUAGAAGGCGGCUGUGGCCGGAGAAUAAUUGCACUAUUAUUCAUUCUAAUCUAUAGAGUGCUAAAGGAAACUUUAAAGAAAUAACCUGCAUGACCAGGAUGAAUGUGCAAUAAAACAAGAUUUUGAAAAUGUGAUUUAAAAACAAAGCAAAACAACCCAAAGCAAAGUACAAGAGAUGAUACACUGUUAGAGCAUAAUUUUGGUUAUAAAUCAGCUGGCAGCCCUGGCUUUUCUAAGCAAGGUUAACAUAACAUUUCUGACCUAUACAUGUGUGUCCAGGGAUGAAAGCUGAUCAUUUCUCUGGGAAGCCUGUAUCCUCCACACUGGUAUUUAUUUGGGCACGUACAAUCACAACAGAGGAACUGAAGCGUAUCAGUUUGUCUGCUGAAUAGCAAACGUUGCUGAGGACAAUCAGCAUUUGUGUUCAAGCUAUGGGAUAUGCAAUGCCAGCAUAUUUGUCAAACGGAAGGAAUUGCUUAUGUUUAGAAUUGCAAGACUGCAACUAAUUUUCAUUUUUGCUUCCAAUGUUAUCAUAAAGUUUCAUUUUUAAUUUGAAAGAGCCAUUUUGUGGAUCUAGCAAAUCACAUAAGCAUAUGAAUAGUCCCACUGAAAGGGCAGGGACUUACCCAAGUGCUGAGUGCUUUGCUGGAUAGGCCUGAGCAUAUGCUUACAAUUAAGCCUGUGCUUAAGACUUUUGUUGAAUCAGUUUGAAUUGUUCAGGAAGCCACAUCUUUGACAGACUGGCAAAGCAGUCCAGCUGGUUGAACAGUACUAAUUUAAUGACUAUCUUAUUCGUACCUUUUAUCAUCAGGUCUUGGUUUUCUAAGGCAUCGCUUGCUGAUUCUAGAGUGAAUGAAGUAAAUGACCUUAAUGAUGUCAAAUGAAUGCUAGCCUUAAUUCUAUAUAAAAUGCAUCUUAAAGGCAGGGUGUGUCUAGAGAAUUUGCUUUCAGUGAAAGCAAUGAAGUAAAUGCUAAAGUGACCAAUGUCAUACUGUUUUGUAGUUUGUACAGUCAGGAAAAUAUGUGCUUUUUUUUUCUCAAAUUGUUUAUUUUUGUAAAAAAAAGAAAAAAGAUAAAUAAAAUUUCUUUUAUUCUU